GCUCGAGCGGUGAGGUUUCAGGUUUCGCAACGCGGCCGACAUCUCCCACCGCUGAGUAUCUGAGUCGCGCUCGUGGAUAGAGGCGGUGGGCAGCACAACAGUGAGGCGCGGACAACCGGUAGGCGUGUACUACGUCGCGUGCGGCAAAAGGUGCGAAGAAUCUUGCUGGCUUUUCACAGAGACGCUAAGCAUGGUCUCGUCAUUCGGCAUUGCGACUAAAACCAUGGGGAGCACCAAGAUUCUGCUGGUGCUCGCUCUGGUGGGAGCCCUGUGCCAUGUGAGCUCAGGCAUCGACGCCUGGGUCCGCCUGACCACGGUGCCGGCCUCAUUCGAGAUCAAGACCGGACACCGCCCCGGUGACAGUGACGACGUCGUCGCUUGGGGGUCGUUCCAGAAUGCCAUCAACGAAACCGGGUUCGGCUUCCUGGAGAUAUACACGAACGAGAAGUUACCAGACGAGUACCAGGCCUACGCCGCGGGGUUUCUGGAAGGCUACCUCACCAAAGACCUAAUCCGAAUGCACUUUGAUAACCAAUGGGCCGACUACUGCACGAACGAAACGGCGUACUGCAAAAAGCUCUACCAAUUUUUUGAGGACAACGUGCGCCACAUGAAUGAACAGGCUGCCCAGUACCGAUCUUCCAGCCCCUACUGGCAUCAGGUCGACCUGAUUCUCAAUCAGAUGGCUGGGCUGGACGACGCUCGGAGAGGACACACUGAGUACUUUCCGAGCUGGUCGUACGUCAACGCCACCGACUUGCUAUUUCUGAACGCGGACGGUGACUUGGAAGACCUGGAGGGUGCCCUGAAGCGCCGCGUAGGCCGCAAGGUGCUUGGCUCCGGCUCCUGCUCUGCCCUGGUCAAGGUGUUGCCCGGCAACAGGGACCUCUACUUCUCUCAGGUCACAUGGUCCACCUACGCCAGCAUGCUCAGGAUACUCAAGAAGUACUCGCUGCGCUUCCACAAGACCUUUGAAUCGACUGAGCUCAUCCCCGGUCACACGCUCACAUUUUCCUCCGCACCCGGAAGGAUAUUUUCUGGCGAUGACUUCUACCUGAUUUCGUCGGGGCUGGCCACCAUGGAAACAACUAUCGGCAAUGGCAAUCCCGACCUGUACCAGUACAUCACACCUCAGACAAACUUGGAGUUCGUGCGAAAUAUUGUGGCCAACCGACUGGCGACCACCGGCAAGGAGUGGAGUGAACUGUUUGCAGAGCACAACAGUGGCACAUACAACAACCAGUGGAUGGUGGUGGACUACAAGAAGUUCCAGCCGGGAAAGCCGCUGCCUGAUGGUCUUCUCUACGUGCUGGAACAACUACCCCACUACAUCAACAUCACGGACGCUACCCACGUCCUUCGGAACCAAUCGUACUGGCCCAGCUACAAUGUACCUUCAUCCGAGUUCAUCUUUAAUAUGAGUGGCUCACAGAAGCAGGUGGAAAAGUUCGGCGACUGGUUCACCUACGACAGGACCCCACGGGCACUCAUAUUCAAGCGAGACCACGGCAAGGUUCAAGACAUGGACUCCAUGAUAAAGCUCAUGAGGUACAACGACUACCAAAACGACCCAUUGUCGCGCUGCAACUGCACGCCGCCGUACAGCGCGGAGAACGCCAUCUCGGCGCGGAGCGACCUGAAUCCUCCUGACGGCAUAUACCCCUUCGCUGCACUUGGCCACCGCGCUCACGGUUCCACGGACAUGAAGCUGACCAACUCGAGCCUGUUCACAAAUCUUGAGUUCACGGCUGUCGGCGGCCCCACCUGGGACCAGGUACCCCCUUUCCAAUGGAGCACAUCUGGACUCAAGGACCGACACGAGGGACAACCGGACCUUUGGAAAUUCAAACCUUUCACUCAUCAGUGGCGCUCUGCAAGCGAUAACAACUGACCACGGAGGCAACUAACGCACAUGGGCUAAAUAAAGAAACGACCUAUGAACCAAAA